AUGGCGGUGUCCUCUGCAGGUGGGUCCCAGAAGAACAAGGAGGUUCUCAGCUCCCCGACACCAUCCGUCUCCCUUAGCCAGACAUCCGACUUCCAACACGAGUCUCAGCUGUUCACUGAGCCACACCUGGCCCAGAUGGAGAAAACGUUUCAAGAUGAGGUCAACUCGACUGGAGCCCUGGACAUGAAGACUUUCGUUAAGGCUGUGAAGAAGAUUCUGAGCAAUGCGUCCAUCGAGAUGAUAGAGGCGCUGUUUUUGAAGGUGGACAUGAACUGUAACAGCCUCACCUCCGCUGCUUCAGGUGGCUGGAGGGAGUACCUGGACUACGUGAUGCGUGAGUUCAAGGGGAAGGAGAAGAUGAUGAGAAGCCAGUGCUGCCUGUGCUUCCACCUUCCCAUGAGGAUCAUACCCCUGAAUCAUGGGUGUGAGAUUGUGAAAGUGGAGUUCUUAGUCCAGCGGCGCAAGAAGAUCGGGCAUUUCCUGACUGUCACCAAGGACGGGAUCCUGCAGUUCUGGUCGGAGUCCUUCUCGCUGACCAACUCCUUUAGGCUUUACCAGAUCCAUCCGCUCCACAACCAGCAGAUGUGGGUCAUCGACAUGGUGUGUCUGCACAACGUGAACCUGGUUGCGAUAGCGUCGACCGACCAGAAGAUAGAGUUCUUUGAUAUCAGUAACCGUAAAUGUGUCCGGGCCUUCACCUUCAUCGAUCUGGACAGUUGCGUCCUGACCUUGAACUACUGGUCUGACUAUCACAGGGCUGUGUUCUGCUAUGGGGACACCAAAGGCAAUGUCAUCAUCUUCACCUCCAACGAUGUGACCCAUGGGCUGUUCAACCCCUGAAUCCUCCCCAGGACCUCCAGAUGGGAUCACUGGACCGAUGUUUCCACACGGAAGCUCUUAAAUGAGAAGUCCCCUAUGUAUAGAAGUUACCGGCUGAGGGCUCUCCACCCCAACUGGUGUCAACAGGUCAAGUUUAUCCCCCAGCUGAACCUGGUGGCUUCCUGUUCAGCCAUCGACAAGUCCUCUCUGGUGCUGACCAUAUUGUCGCCCGAAGUCCCAGAGAGCCUCAAGUUUUCAGUGCUGAAUUUAAGAAAAGGGAUUCUUUGCUUUGAUUACUGCCCAGAAAAGAGUGUCCUGGUGGCUGGUGGCCAUGACCCCCUCAUCCGCCUGUGGAACCCCUUCUUCUCGAAGAAGCCUGUGUGGCUGAUGAAGGGGCAUGAGACCUCGGUGACACACACUCUCGUGAACAGCAAGCACAGCAGCAUCCUCCUCAGCAUCUCCAAGGACAGGAAUAUUCGCGUGCGGGACAUGCAGGACCAUGAAUGCCUCCAGUCCUUCUGCGGGAAGCAUUUUGCCCUGGGACACUGCCCCAUCACCAGCGCAUACUUCCACAAGGAUGACGACAGCCUCACCUGUAGCACCUACUCAAUUGGCGUCCUAAAAGGGUACCUGGAGACGCAGGGGCCUGGGAGAGCAGAGGAGAAGACCAACUUACAGCCCCUGUGCGCCAUCCUCUACAGCAAGGUUUUCAAGCAGGUGGUGAGUGGCUGCCUGAGCGGCGUGGUGAGCGUGUGGGAGGUCGUGACGGGCAAAAGGAUGACGGGGUUCUCCGUGACUGGCGACCAGCGUGUGGAGCUGACCGCCGUGCCCCUGGAUGAGCCAGAGGCGUGCCUGCUCACGGGUCUGCGUGAUGGCGCCAUGAAGAUGUGGAACUCCAGCGCUGGUGAAUGCCUGCUGACCUUCCCCAGCCCGGACCAGAUGGAGAUUAGUGGGAUCGUCCGUAUGAACAAAGUGUUCUACGUGACCGGAUGGAGUAAGAGAAUCACUUACUUCACGUUCCACAAGACCAAGCCGGUGCUCUUGUGCUAACACUGGCAGACCUUCCACACGGAGGAUGUCCUGAGCAUGGCCAGGUACCAGAACCAGUUCCUUGGAACCUCCUUCUACAAUGGGAACAUCCUCUUCUGGAACAUCAGCAUGUUCGGGCCCAUCCUCCAUUUCAACGCCUCUCAGAGCCCCUUGCCCUCGCUGCCCAAGAGGGUACCUGGAGCUGGAACAUCUGAAUGAUGUUUUCUGGCUGAAACUGGAACGCUCCCAGAAACACCUCCUUCUUUGGGGAAACUUCCAUGCCCUGGAGAAUCAGAACCACAAAGAAAGUGUCAGGCACAGGUAGGACAUCUAGAGGGUGCUGCCUUCUCCUAGCCGAGACUUGCACACCUCCCAGGA